AUGAUACCCGUCUACUUUUUACCAUUCCUACCAGCAGCACUAGGCUAUGUCAGCCAGUCAUUCCGACCCGAGCCCCAGCUCGAACUACGAGACGUUGAGCAAACGACUCCAUCUCUGGUGAUCGACACCUUCCAAGACCCCAUUCACAAUGACCUAGGCUUUUGGCACGGUCAUGGUGAGAAUCUUACUAUACAUCACGAACCGGGCUCUAUAUCCUUCUUCCCGAUUGAUCCCGACCAGAACUAUCAUACCCAAUUCGAGACCCGCGGCUGCUUUAGCCUUCUACCAUGGCAAGACCAGUUUUUACAUGUUGUAUUCGAUGGGAGCGAUCAGUUCACUGUUUCGUUGAAUGAACACAAUAUCGAGUGUUCCGCCGCUCGUGCCCCGUUUCCCGGUGUACCAGACAGUGUCCAGACAUCCCGCUAUGUCAUGAGAACUGGAUCAGAUUCCUCGGAUGAUGAUGAAUAUGGUGAUGCAAAAGAUUCUCUCGGGCUUCCUUUGACCAGACCCGUCUCCCAACGACGUUCCCAUCCCUCUUCGCCUGACCCGCCCGGAGACAAGGGUGGCCAUGGCCCAGCUUCUCCUCCAAAAACAGAGCUAUACAUCCCCCUGUCCCAUUUCCUUCCUCGGAAACUACAGACUGGCCAGUUGGUUCUGCGCUGCAGUGUGCCCAACUCUUUUGCCUUUGGAAUUGACGAUGGUCAGCCACAGUUUGCGCAGGAGGUCAUGAGAAUUUUGGACGAGGAAGAUGUUCGAGUCACAUUCUUUGUCGUUGGUGCUGGACUACAAGAUUCGACGACCAACUUCACCCGCUUUUACAAGGAGAUGAUGAAGAAGGGACAUCAAGUUGCCUUGCACUCUAAUACCCAUCCGAAAAUGGAAGCCCUCCCGACAAUGGAAUUGAUCGAUGAGGAGAUCAACAACACCAUCCGAGUCUUCAAAGAAAGACUGGAUCUAUCCUCCCGCUACUUCAGACCCCCCUUCGGAACAGUCGGCGCCCGCAUGCGCCAACAAUUAGCCAAACGCAUCGAACAGCCCUUCAUCGUUAACUGGAGCGUGGACGUGGAAGACUGGCUAUGGGCCAACACGACCACGCCGGAAAAACAGCUUGACGCUUUCUACCGGAGUGUGGCCCGGGGUGGAAAUCUUGCCGUGAUGCACUUCCUCAAUCCGUCGACUGUUAGGUACCUUCGCCACUUUAUCCAGCAUGUCAAGGCUCUUGGAUAUAAUAUCAUGCGUAUUGACCAGUGCUUGGCGGAUCCUUUUAGCCCGGCGCUUUGA